AUGGAGAACGGAACCGUCACCCAAGGCGAUGGAAGGGAUCCUUCAGGUUUCCUGUCCGAACUUCAUGGCAACCCCGUGACCGUCAAGCUCAACUCUGGCGUCGUCUACAAGGGAGAGCUUCAGUCCGUUGAUGGAUACAUGAACAUUGCACUGGAAAAGACGGAAGAGUACGUCAAUGGCGUAAAGCGGAGGACAUACGGAGACGCCUUUGUCAGGGGUAACAACGUAAUGUACAUCUCGGCGGAUUGA